AAUCUUCUGUAGUCCUAUACUGGGAAUGGGAAGCUGAGUGGUUAAGAAGUGCUGAGACCGUUCCGAUAAUAGAAUCAUAUGAUUUUUGACCAGAAAGGGAUUUAGUAAUGAGUUCAGUCCUCCAUUUUACAGUUCUAGGGGAAAAAAAAGUGAUUUGCCCACAUUAAUUCCAAUAGCAAGGGAGAAUAUAAAAGGAAUCUAUUUCCCUACAUUUUAGUUUCCAAGAGAGUCCAGUAUUCAAACUCAGAUUCUGGACAGGGAUGAUAAGAGACCGAUACCGAUUAUCUUGAAAGUGAAAGUCAAUUAAACCUGGGUAGUCCUGGGGAAACGUAGGUAAGCCUCUUUGUUAUAGAGGAUAUAUUUCAAUGACAGUGUGAUGUAAUAGCAAGACAUUUCCUAAGGAAACUCAGAGUCCUUUUCUAUCUCAGGUUUCUUUUUACUGAAGCAUGAAGCUCCAAGUUCACGGCUUCAUCAAAGCAGCUUCAAAUCGCGAAGGUGAGAUUGCUCUCACCUGGAGCCUGUGUGUGUUCCUCUACCCUUUGGCUGGGAGCAGUCACCUGGGAAUCUUUCCAGCAGGUGGCUUCCAAAGUCCAACCUGUUAGGUUGAAAUCUGACACUGACAGAGGCUCCCUGGGAGCUGCUACUGAAAGCUAAACCAGGAACCAGGAAAUGCACAAGCCUCUUUCUGUGGAAAAACAGCUGGGCUCCCUGGGAGACAGAGCACCAUGGGAAACCGGCUCUGCUGUGGGGGAAGCUGGAGAUGCCCAUCAACUUUCCAGAGGAAAAAGAAAAUGGGGAACGACACAAGUUGGACACCAAAGCAGCAGCAGCAACAGCAGCAGAGUUACACAAAGGGCCAUGCCACAGCGGGACAUACGUAUGAGCAAGUGUUAAAGCAGCCUGCGUCUCGGGAGAGGAGUCAAGGUCUCAGGUCUGAGGACAGCAGCUUACAUUACGCAGACAUUCAAGUGUGCAGCGGUACCCAGCCACGCUCUGCCCAGGAGGUGAAGCACCUGCAAAUGGAAAAUGCCACAGAGUAUGCGAUCCUUUGCUUCCCCCAGGCCACACCCCGCUAUGACAACAAGAAUGGGACCCUAGUGUGAGCCCUGGGGAGGGAGGACCUGUUUCAUCAUCUCAUCACUAGGGCUAUGGGGGAGAAUCUACUGCUUUGGGGGACUGGCUGGCAGCCCAGAGAUGGCGGACGUGUUUUAAGCUUAAAGAACUCCAGAGUCCCUGGAAUUGUGAGUGGCCCAAGUCUUGCUGUUUUCUCUGGGCCUGUCUCUUAUCUGCUACCAUUAGCUUGGAGCUGUAUUUGAGUUACCUGGGGGUGGAUGGAGUUCCACAAAAUGAGGGGGCUAGGUUGAGUGUGCAGGAAGGUAGGGUUCUGACCCCCCUACCUUUGCUCCUGCUCUCAAGAAAAGCGCAGAAAGAACAGGUUACCCUUGAAGCACCUGCACUUGAGCUAAUUUUAUUGGAGUUAAUUUGAUAGUAUCCCUUUUACACACCUUAAACUCCAAGGCUGAAGAAGAAGAGGUGCUCUGGAAAGCUUCUAGGGCUGGCCAGGGCAGUUUCCUCAGUGGCUGGGUCAAGGGUCCCAGCCCUAAACAGACAAAUGAGGGCAGGGGCUGAGGAAGCGUGUUCUGACCAUCAGGUACAAGGACGUCAAAUCACCACUCAUAUCGGCAGCACUGAGAGGCCCAGAAACUCCUCUUGAUUGGACUGUUUUCUCUUGCGGGUGCAGAGCCAUUAGGAUCAAUAAAUCACAUAAGGAA